UGCUCCCAGUCUGUUCAUCCAAUCAUAUCCCAACAUGCAAAUAAACUUUAGGCAGUACAGAUAAAAAGGAACAAAUAAAGCCGAGUGCUGUAUCAGAAUCAAAUUGCUGAGCCUGUCACCUGUGUUCCAGGAGCUGAACCAGAAAUGUCUUCAGCAAAACCAGCCAUACCUGCCCCACUGACUGAUUUGAAGAUUCAGUAUACUAAGAUCUUCAUAAACAAUGAAUGGAAUAAUUCAGUGAGUGGCAAGAAAUUUUCUGUCAUUAACCCAGCAACUGAAGAGAUAAUUUGUCAGGUAGAAGAAGGGGAUAAGGCAGAUGUUGACAAAGCAGUGAAGGCUGCAAGGCAGGCCUUUCAGAUUGGCUCUCCAUGGCGUACUAUGGAUGCUUCAGAGAGGGGACGCCUCCUCUACAAGCUGGCUGACUUAAUUGAAAGAGAUCAACUGCUGCUGGCAGUGAGUAUAACCAAACAGGAUGCAUAGGGAGAGCUCUCCAAAGCAUUCACUGUUUGAAUUGACAACUUGAGUGGUUGUAUUCUCUAUAGGGCUGGGUGUGUGCUUUAUUUUCCAGAUGGAGACUUUUUCACUUACACAAGACGCGAACCUAUUGGAGUAUGUGGCCAAAUCAUUCCUUGGAACUUCCCGUUGCUUAUGCUGGUGUGGAAGAUAGGGCCUGCCCUGAGCUGUGGAAACACAGUGGUUGUCAAACCAGCAGAGCAGACUCCGCUCACUGCUCUUCACGUGGCAUCAUUAAUUAAAGAGGUAGGUUUUCCUCCUGGAGUGGUGAAUAUUGUCCCUGGCUAUGGGCCCACUGCAGGGGCAGCCAUCUCUUCACACACGGACAUUGACAAAGUGGCCUUCACAGGAUCAACAGAGGUUGGCAAAAUAAUCAAAGAAGCUUCUGGGAAGAGCAAUCUGAAGAGGGUCACCCUGGAGCUGGGAGGGAAGAGCCCUUGCAUUGUGUUUGCUGAUGCUGACUUGGACAGUGCUGUAGAAUCUGCCCAUGUAGGCGUAUUCUUCCACCAGGGCCAAUGCUGUGUAGCUGCAUCCAGGCUUUUUGUGGAAGAAUCGAUUUAUGAUGAGUUUGUUCGAAGGAGUGUUGAGCGGGCUAAGAAAUAUUUUAAACAGAUUGACAAGGAGCAGUAUGAUAAAAUACUCGACCUCAUUGAGAGUGGGAAGAAACAAGGGGCCAAACUGGAAUUGGGCGGAGGCCCCUGGGGGAACAAAGGCUACUUCAUCCAGCCCACAGUUUUCUCCAAUGUGACAGAUGAGAUGCGCAUUGCCAAAGAGGAGAUAUUUGGACCAGUGCAACAAAUCAUGAAGUUUAAAACUUUAGAUGAAGUGAUCAAGAGAGCAAACAAUACGACCUAUGGCUUAGCAGCAGGAAUCUUUACCAAAGACCUUGACAAAGCAGUGACAGUCUCCUCUGCUCUGCAGGCGGGGACAGUGUGGGUAAAUUGCUAUGGUGGAGGAGGUACGCAAUCCCCCUUUGGAGGAUACAAAAUGUCUGGAAAUGGACGAGAAAUGGGUGAAGAAGGUAUCUAUGAAUACACAGAGAUCAAGACUGUCACAAUGAAAAUCUCUCAGAAGAACUCAUAAUCCCCAGGACUGAGGACUCUUCAAUGAACUGACAUCUCCUCCAGUCCCCAGUGUAGUAGAAUUUAAAUACAAAAUUUAUAUUUCUGAACUUUUAAACAUUUUAGUAAUCACAUGACUAUUAAUAAUAUACAUUAAAAAGCAGACAUGGAAUUUAUUGAGAAAGAAUCAUUUAUGUUUGAAUGCAAACGGUGGAUUUGGAGGCAAGAUCUCUAGCUUUGUGGUACUGAUGUAUUCUUCUUUGUAGGUAUCGUCAGGAACAAUCAUUUUAUAUGAGAAGAAGAAGUCAUUCAGGCCUUUCCGCUCAGCGACUGCUCGAAGGCCUUAACAUUCUUAUUAAUGACCCCAAGGUGGUCUGUUCCCAGUAAUCAUGGUGUCUGUGGAGGGUCUUGAAGGGUUUCCUAGAAUGUCACAUCUGCUUGUCAAAUGAGAUAUUUUACUGCAAUUUUAAUAUAAAAGUUAAUUCAAACAACCUUA